AUGAGCAGAGAGCGCGUCUGUUUGUUCCGAGCAAACAACAUUCCUCUUCGACUUGCUAAAAAUAAUUUCUACAUUUUCCGGUUCAGUUACUUGGAGGCGCUGUUCUGUCGACAGACCGCAAUAUGUUGUGCGUUCGUGCACUACGCACUAUUUCGUCAGUUGGGUGCUCCAUCGAGUUCUCGGGCAUUGACACAUGUAUUCCAAACCACCACCGCAACCAACUCCAUAGCUCGUACUUAUGCUACACAUUUUACACGGGGUUCAAAAGAUGAGCCUAAAGCUACAUCUCUAGACGUCGACAACAACGUCUUCAAGACCUACAAACCCGUUUCUCCCGGUAUUCGUCACCUUCGUCGACCCAUAAAUGACCAUAUCUACCAGGGGAGGCCCGUUCGUCUGCUAACGGCUUGCCUUCGCAAACACGGUGGUCGUAACUCUCAUGGCCGCAUCACCGUCCGCUUUCGCGGUGGUGGUCACAAGCGUCGUGUACGUCUCAUCGACUUUCUGCGCACCGAGCCUGGAGAGUACGAUGUCAUCCGUAUUGAAUACGAUCCUGGACGCUCAGCACAUAUUGCUCUUAUUAAAGCGCGAGAUGCCAAUACGGAGGGGAAGGCGAAGUGGAAAUACAUACUUGCUACUGAGGAAUGA